UUGUUAUUUAUUGAAAUGUAUUUGUGUAUUAAAAUAUAUAUUUUGAAAAUGAAAUCUAAUGGUUGAAAAUUUUACACUAUUUGUACUACGUCUAUCACAUUGAUACCUUUAUAAAGACAAAGUCUUUUUAAAAAUAGUACGAUAAAACACGCUAUUUUUCUGUAAUAUGGUCUGAUGUAUUACAGCAAAUUACUGUAAUUUAUGUGCCGCGUGUACAGGUGCAUUCAUCUUAUCAUCUGCCAAUUACCUUCAAAACUACCGGUUCGAUUAUCUAAUCCAUACCCGUCAAUCGCUUCGUACAACUAAUAUCUACAUUUAGCGUUGUACUUACGGCAGCUGCCGGAUCAAUUCCUACCGGAAGUCUUAGAAAAUUUAAACGUGAAUGAUAUGUCGAUCAACGCUAAAUUUUGAACUUACCUUUACAAUUAUAAGACACGACAUUUGUUUUAUCAUGCUAGAAAUUAGCUGUAAAGUACUAUAAAGCAUGUUAUAAAGCAUGAUGAAUUUAAUAUAGUCAACCUCUGAAAUAUCCUGGAAAUAAUCUCCUACAAUUCUUGAUUAAAUAAUGUUAUUUGAUUAUUAUUUUGUCUCUGAUUUUAUCUAAGAAAUUUAAUCUAUUUUCUUAAACACAUUAUAAAUCUUUUAUUUGAAAUAACAAUACUUGUUCCAUUUGCCAUAAUUAUUUUCUAAAAGAUGUACAAAUUCUUAAAAUUAUUAAUUAGGAAGCAACUCAAAUAAAGCAUUAUAAGAUAAAAAGAUUGAGUUCUCUCAAAUGUAUUGUAAUUAUGCGAACUUCAAGAAAUUGCACGUGCAAGUAAAAUAUUGAAAAAAUCGUCCGUAAAUUAUGAUGACAGUUUUGCGUAUCCCAAAACGUGUAUGAUGACGCAGAAGCGUAUUGCACGGUUUCAAGAGUACUUAAUACACGCUUAAGCAUUUAAUACAUCGCAUUACGUGUUCGCAACGCACGACAUAACCGGAUUAUAUCCUCGAUAUCGAACGCGUCGCCCCUUCUCACAUUUCCUAGCUCUAAACACAAGUGGUAGCUGGGCUACCUCCCUAUUUUCUAGUUUUCUACGAUGAAAAGGGAUCGAAUACAAAACGAACGACCUGCCGCACUAAACAAGUUCCGCCCAUGUGCAGACAUAAUUUCCAUUUGCGACAAAGCAGAUCGAGCUGAUAGAAGGAAAAAAAAAAGUUAGUUUUCCGGUUUUCCUUCGAGAAACGUCGGGCAGCGAAGAUUCCGGAAGCGUCGCGAAAAAAAUGUUUGUCCACAAAAGAGCGCGAGGAGGGGGAGUUAACACCCUGGUGUACAACCGGUUGCCGGUUCAAUCGUAUCAAAGCUCCGUAUUCCGUCCGCAGGCGGUGCCUUCAACGAUUUUCGAAACCUGCAGGCGCUAAGUACGUCGCAAUAAUUGCACCAUACAGGCAGCGGCGCUAAGCCCGUAAAAGGCCGUGACAAUUAAAGCGCGACCGGUGCGUUUUAAUGGGUUAAGGGUUUAAGCACGGGAAACGGAGCGCGGUCGGUCGAACGGAGAACGGCGACGAAGGCCGCGUCGGCAACGGCGGCGCGCGGUGUGGUCCACGUCGUAUAUUCGUCGGGGGGGAUCUUGCGUGCCCGCGAUUGCGCGCCCUCGUCGUCGCGUCGUCGAAAGGGAGCGAGGGCGAUGCCCACGAACGGCGUGCGAGCGAGCGAGAGAGCCAGCGGGACGGGGGAGGAAAGGUUGGUGGAGGGCGUCGCGCGACGGAUCGAUAAGGGAUGCUUUUCAGCAGCGCGCAUGCGAUCGCGUGAGCCAAUGGCCGCGCGAGGGUUCUUUCGACGACACGAGUCGCCCUUGACGAGGGGAGAAGGGGGUGCGGGAGGAGGAGGAGGAGGAGGAGGGCCCGACGCCCGCAGGGCCGUCGGCGGUGCCCCUCGACGGAAAAUUUCGCGCUCGCCACUCGAGCUUAAUUUUUUUCGGAAGUUUUAACGAGCGCUCCAUCAUACGCCGGGCACUUCGCCCGGCACUACUAUUGAUAUUCGCGAAUUGUUCGCGAAUCGGCCGCGGAUACGCUCGCGCGCAACAAUCAUCCGCGUCAUGUAAAACGCGUUACCGAAUGUACCGCGACGUUGUUACGGUACUAAAUAUGAGAAGCAAAUACAGCGGACGGGGGAGGCUUAAAUAAAAGCCGCAGGACGCGGAUUGUCGCGUCUAAUUUGACGAUAUUGCCGGAGUAGUUUGGCCAGACGCGGCGAAACACACGUCGCGUACAAAUGCAUUUUCCGUAAUUAUAGAUACACAUGUACGCGCGGGCGUAUUUAACGGUAAUUAUUAUAGUUUGCAAACAUCGCGUAUCAUCGAUGCUCGUUUGGAACUUCACUGCGAGCGCAUAUGUUAACCGAGCGGCGAUUGAUACAACUCGGCCUGGCGAAAUCAAAACCGCGAGCGAGUCAGCAGCGGGACACGUGCGAUGACGCGGAUGAAGGACGAUUUAAUUUGAUCUACGCCAGGUGUGCCGAACAAAACGUUUAUCGAUAUGAUAAAAUGUAUUUACGGAAACUAUAUCGAGCCCGAGCGUUAAUAAUCAAUUGUCACCGCGGCGAUCGGUAUACGUAUUUUUCCGCGUCUCUGUAUUCCGCGUGUACAAGUCGCGCGCGUGUUUAUCGGCGAAUUUCGCUUUGCGUGUCGCUGCCGACGUCAGGCAAGGACGACGAUUGUUUCGUAAGGACAUCACGUUUCGACGGUUGCGUCCGGCAUGCAGAUUUCGCGUCCCCCGCCGCCUACCAUUUGCGCUCCCACCGCGCAUCGCGAGGUCAUUUUGCACGCGAAAAGCGAACGGCGUGAUUUUUAUUUGUUUUUUAAUACUAUUAUUUCUCAUCAACGAGAGAUACGCGUGAUAAUUAAAACGUUGCUCGUUCGCGGGCUUUAUAAGCUUAUUAAGGAAAAAAAAAACACUUAACGGUAGUGCGUUAUAAAACCAGAUUAUUAUGUCCCUUGUUCUGAAUAAAAGUAUAACAAUAAUAUCGAGUAUACUUGAUAAGAAAUACCAAUUUGUUUUUUAAUACAAUUACUGUUUUGUUUUCAUCGCGCGAUACGUGUGAUAAUUAAAACGUUGCUCGUUCGCAGACUCUGUAAGCUUAUUAACAAGUGCAGCGUAAAACAGAUUGCCACGUUCCUCGUUCUUAAUAAAAAGUAUGACAAUAAUAUCAAACAUAACGGCUAUACAAACAGAUUAUAACACAACACGGUGUUUCGUAAGAAACACUAAUUUGUUUUUUUAUAAAAUUAUCUUUCAACGAUACGUGUGAUAAUUAAAAUGUUGUCCGUUUGCAAGCUCUACAAAUGGAAGCUUAUUUAUCCAAAAUUCUUAACGGUACGGCGUUGUAAAAAAACAGAUUUCCGUGUUCUCUCGUUCUUAAUAAAAGUAUGGCAAUAAUAACAAAUAUAGCAAAACCGCCUUGCAGAUUGCGACACAGCACGUAAGUCACACAGCGCUUCGUAAGAAACACCAAUUUCGACGAACAAAUGCAACGAGGCAUAAUAAUUAUAUCCCGCAAUGAAGUUACUUCAUCGUCGGAUGCAGUCCGCGGGUUUAUUCGGAAGCUCUCCCUCACAGAAGCUCUCCUUCAAAAGAGUUGGAUUCAUCUGCUUUACAUUGAUACGGACCGCUGACUGCAGUUUAGCGUAAUUACGGCGGCAGCGAACUUCGUGAAACACACUCUCGGGAGAAAGUAUUUCCUGAAUUUCCGCGAGCGUGUUAAGAAUCGGUUAACGUCGCGGAAAACCGGGAAACGCGAGAAACGCGAGCGCCGGGAUACACUUGAGACGCAGGUUCAUUGACGCACGGGCUGCAUUGUGGAAGCCCUCCCCUCGCUUGAAUUUUGCUCCGGCUGGUAAAUGUCAAAGGGGGGUUGGGCCUGUGCGUUAUGGAGCAUUUAUCGUAUUGCCGGCGUUCGUUACCAUAGAAUCGGCGCGCCGCGCGUUACCAACCGGGGACCGUUUACAAGCCGAAUGCAUGCUCCCAUCACGCAUGCCAUGUAUUCACAUUAUCUACCUCAUCGAAAUUUAGCUCAAACCAUAAUUAUAUACCCCCAUACGACGCGUUCUAUUUGUACGAUAAUUAACAUUAAUUUCGUUAUACAGGUUAUAUCGUCUGAUGCAGAAAUAAUGCAAGUUAAUGAAGGCGUAUCAGCGUUAGUUAUCACGCACUUAUCGUAAUUUCUUUUUCUGUUAUUAUUUCUGACUUUUAUUAUACUAUGACCCACGGCGAGUAAAAAAAAAAACCCCGAUUGAUUGAUACCCCAACGCGCACCUCGUACAAUGUACGAGCUGCAAACGGCGAAAUAAAUGAGUUUCCGAAUGUAAUUGGAAAUAUUUUUUUUAUACACGUAAGAGCCGGAAUAUUAUUGUGUGCGAGCUAUUGGUAAAAUUUUGCAGAAAGCCUUAUGAAUAGUAUUAUUUUAUACGAACUUCCUUCGUUACAGCGGCUGUAUGGCUACAGUAACUUGAAUAUUAUUUGUUCGUUCUAGAGAAUACGUUUUUAUAGAGAAGAUCGAUACGCGAGAAAAAAACUAGCUUUUUUACGGAUAAUUUAAUAUUUUAUUUAAAUUUUAUUUAAAUAUCUUGUGCCUAUAUAUAUAUAUAUAUUUUUUUUUCCUUAUUCAAGAUUCAAUUUUUCAACACCCGCUUGGCACACUUUACGUCGAUGUAAUCAACAAAUCAAUGUCAAUUUCGCUAACAUGAUUCUUCAAAAGAGAAAGCUACGGGUCUGAUAUCGCUCUUAUUGACAAAUUACUCGCAAUAACUCCAUUCGACUACGUUAGCGGCAACUGAAAAAUCGAUUCGCCCCGAUACCGAGACGUCGAUUGAUGUCGUCGUAUCGGGAUUCGACGCGCGGAUCGUACGUGUGCACUUGCAGACGCCUAACUCGAAGAAACGCAUGCCAAAUUAACCCGCGAUGAAUUAUCAGUCGGCGGUAUCGCCGCGCAUAAUUAUUUGCCUCAUCACCGGGCAUGCGAGCACCGUGCGCUACCACUCGCAAUUGGUAGAAAUUUAUUUACAUUGAAACACGGGGGAGGAGGGAGAGCAGAAGGGGAAUGCCGACCGUCAGUAAUAAACGGCUGCCGCGACCGCGUGCAUUUUCCCGCAGUAAUAAUUGAAAAUCGUCCCCGGCUGAACAGGAAAGGGCGCCCGCGAUCGUGCGCCGAUCGCGACGCUACUCUGGGAUCGCUAUCGAUCGCCACGAUCUUCUUACCAAUUAGUUCCUUGCCAUAACCGAUAAUUACGCGCUGCCUGCGCGACUCAUGCGCGAUCAGACCGAGACAGGGGGAGAUACUUUCGAUCUUGUGUGAACGAAUACGAUCGCUCGAUUUUCCGAUCGCCGACGAAGGUCAGCUCGUCCUAUCUGAUUGCGAAUCGUGACGUAUCGAGUUUUUCAUUUUGAUGACAGGUGUGUAAAACACGGGAUUUUUAAUAUGAUAUAUGUAACAGUGCAUAUAUCAUUUCUUUUAUUUUUAUAUAUUAAAUGCAUUUCAGCGUUAGAAUUUUUUUACUAAGUAUAUCUAAAGAUAUACAAUAAUACAUUAUAAUAUUUAUAUUGAUAUUUCCGGGGUUGAAAAUCAUAGUGCAAAUGUCCUUUACAUCUUCACUAAAAAUUGCAAGUAACGAGAAUAAUUUACUUAUAAGAAAGAUUAAUCUUGUAUUUUUUUGAAAAUGAAUUCCUUUGAAAUAUCCGUUCAAUGAUCGAGAGAUAAAUAUAGAUCUUUAAUCUCAACCGUACAACUAGAAGAACUUUCCUGUGCAGCAAAGACAUGAAAUGUUAUUUCGGAUUAAGAGUAAUUAUAGUUACCUCUUUUUCGUGAUGGAUGAUAGAUCAGGUCAAUCCUUCUUCAGGUCGCUACAUUUUUAUUUUUGCUCGGGAAAGUGUUUGUAAGUAAUCGAAAUUCUCGACCGUAGAAAUUACCACUCUCGAUUUUUCGCAGAAUUACAGGCGCGCGUGGCCUUAACAGUCACUCUUGGUGUAUCUGUGAUUGAUCUACGUUUCUCGUGAGAGAAAAAAAAAGGAAAUAAAAAGAAGCAGACGUCCUUAAGAUUCAUCCAGCAUGCCUCUACUUUUCUACAUCCCUUUCUCCGCGAGAAGAGAACGCCGGGUCGAAAAAUUAUUAAUAGCAAUGCGUGUCGCUUUAUUCGAUCGUGGCGCAAUUAAUCCUAUUAGGAACGUUCGACAGCGAGAUACUCUGCAUUAUAUGACAAUUGCAUGCAUCGACAUUUAAGUUGAUAUGGACAUUUAUUGUAUUAACCAAUGAACAAACAAGUAAAUAUUGCUUGACAACGCAACGUUCCGUGAGCGAUGUAAUUCUGUCUUGAUUAAUACAUUAAUCAAUUAAGCGGUUAAUUAAACCAGGUGCACUGCAUAUAUCUCUAAUAUUAUCGAAAGCUGAUUAAUGGCGUACGUGAUAUUGUAAUGCUUGUAUGAACUUGAUACCAACAUUUCAGUUUAAUCAGGACUAUUAUGUAGUGUAUAUUUUAUCGAGAUUGUUACGUCAGGCGCACGGAUAAGACUUUUUAUAUCAAAUUUCCUCCUCGAGAAGAAAAAAAACGUUGCGCGUUAUAAUUCUCGUGGAGCAAUAUUUACUUGUUUGAUCGUCAGUUAAUAAAUGUCCACAUUAAUUUUAUUGACGGUACGUGCGAUUGACAUAAUGUACCCGUAAGUAGGCGCACAACUUUUCAACAUGAGUGAUUUCAUCUUUAUUUACAAAUAAUCAUAAACUGAGAUAUUUUUAAGCGUAAAAUAAUUUUUAAAAUAAAAAUAGAAAAACUGAAAGAAAAUUUAUACUUUAAAAAGGAUUUUGUUUCAGCACAUAUAAUAUAUUUAAUUAGUAGAGUCUGAAUCGGUUUGAGUUUUCACGCGCAUGCGGGUUAAACAUUUCCAACAGUAUUAAAUGAUUAAAUCAUUGUUGAGAAAAAAAACUGUCUCCAAUAUUAAUAUCUAUAUACGUCUAGUUAUAGUCUGAAUAUCGUACGAAAAACGUGUGCAUUUUUAAACGAUAUUAUUCGAAAAACAGGAAUAAAAAUAACUCGUUAAACCGCGAGGCGUCCUUGAUGCGCCUCCGAUGCACCUGCGGGAGUUGCACGGCGAGAGGGUCGAUGCGAGCAGGUGCAAACGACCUUCGCGAUCGUUUAACCUCCCCGACCCUCUCCUGCGGAAUUUUCAAGUGUUUUGACCACGGCGCCCGGUGCAGGUGCAGUGUCAUUCCUGGCGGAAAGAUAUCGGGCUAACGGCACCAGCGGCGGAUAACCGUAUAAUCGAGAUUUCAUGGCUGAUUCGUGCUCAUUAGCGGCGCUACCGAUGCUGAUUAAACGGCAAUUGCUGCUGGCCGAUCGAAAAUCGUCGCGAAGCUCAUAUUGCGCAUACUUACUGCCAUACCUGGAAAGCAAAACCGGCCUUUUCCGUAUAUUAUCAAGUAUUCUUAAGUUACCGUGUAAUGCUUACGAUUGAGGUUUAUAAUUAAUUUGAAUUUUUAAGCCUUUUAUAAAUCGACAGUAAUUUUGGGAAAAAUCUUUCGCCGCCUUUGAUUAUACGAUCUCCCAGAAAUCAUUCGAGAGAUCGAAAUUUUAGCAACAUAUUUUUUUUUUUAUCACGGACGCCAAAAAAAAUUUAUUUAUAGCGAACUAAAAUUAUCUGUACGGUACGAUCCGUUUUUUUUUUUAACCGAGAAUGAAUGCAUUUUUUUAACUUUUUUUCUAUGUAUCUUUUCAACGCUUUAAUGUCUCGUAAUGGCAACGGAAAAUUGCUAUAUCUAUGUCCCGGAUCAAUUGCAAUUCGCAUGGAAAACGUGACGCAAAAUAAAAAACCUACGCAGGCAACGGAAAAAAAAAACGUAUGGUAUUAAGUGUCGGUGGAAUCAUAAUAACGGUGAUGACACGAGAUUGCAACCGAUAGAAACAAGCGAUAAAGAAGGAAGGGAAUCUGCGAAAGAAGGCCGCCUCUCACCUGUGCGUUUCAUCCGACGAGCUUUCUGCUGGAGGUCUGUCGCAAGAAUGAAAUUUUUAAUCCUCAUCGGUGAAGGGAGAGGGCCGGUACCUCCUGAACCGGCGCAUUUAGACGCAUUUAUUAAAUUGACGUUCUGCUACCGGUUACACACGCGGUUUUAUCGUCUCUCGACCUGACAGACAGAGGCCAUUUAAUUAUCCCGUCGCCCGAGAGAGGCGAUAGACCGUUUAAACUUUGUCUGAGAUCAAGUUAAAUACCUUUUGAAUGAUACAUUAGAGCUACCUUUUAUCGAUGUUUACUAAUGUCAGGCACGCUUCGCGUUUCCCUAUAAAUCGUGACCAUUGUUCCGCGCCGCGGAUCUCGCACGGUAUCUCGAUACUCGAUUGCGUAAUCGCAGUAAUAAAUAGUAAAUAUCGUGGGAUAUAUAUAUUUAUGUGUGUUGUAGAUAACGUUUGCGUGCCAUGCGACCGUAAAUGUCCGAAGUUUCUAAAUCUGACUAAACAACGUUAUUAUCUUCCGUGCGUAAUAUUUAUAUUCGAGAAAUAUUUACAUAAGAAAAUUAAGUUGCCAAAAAUUCGUAGAAGAGCCAAUGGUAUCGGUACACGCGUGGACGAUCGCCCUAUAUUUGAUUAUUAAUUAUUUUGAAAAAUUAAUUAUAGUUAAUGAUAAUCGCACAAAAGUAUUCCAAUUCAUUAAGACUACCGCAGCUAUCGCGAAAAUCAGCGAUCUGACAUUCAAGAUCGAUCGGAGAGUUCGGAAGUGGCAACUCGUCGAGGGGCGCCGGCAACCGGAAGCCCGACAUUUUCGCGUGCCGGUCGACACCCCUCUCGCGGCGAGAGCUUUCUUUGAGACAGCCCUGAGGCACGUAAAUUGCGCGCGCAGCUCGGUUUGAAAUUCGUGGCGCGCCACGGAGAUCCUUGGGGGCUGCGUUCCUCUCUCGCCUUUCGUUCCACGUCUGUUCGUUCGUUGGGUUCGUUCGCUCUCGCACCGUUCGGCUCCGGUCGUGGAAGUCGAUGCUAAGGUCGGAGUGCUGUCGCGCGAGAAGGGAGUGCCGGGCGCCUGUCUCGCCGCCCUCCCGGUCCUCCCAGUGAUCCCGAAUUUCCUCGCGAGCACACGCGCUUGCCGCUCGAGGAUGAUGACGCUCCCGAAUCCGGUCUCGCCCGUCUGGUACGCCCGGCAUUAUUCGCGAACGAACACGUUGGAUCCUUGAUCGAGUUUACGAUCUGAAAAAAAAAAAGACAAAAAGAGACAAUCCAAUCUCGGGUCUCGCCCUCGGAAGACUGGCAUUGCGCCGCGGAGGUUUCUGUGUGUGGAACGGAGUGUCUCUUUCAGUGGCAGCAAGUACAACAAACACCUAUCGACUGUCAAGUGGAUUUAAACGAAUUGCCUCUUCCACCAAUUAACAAUUUGUACGAAUAUAUCUUGUCUUCGAGCGAGGAGGGAAUUCUUCGUUUAUGACAACGGCCGCCUCUUCUCGCCUGAUCAAGCGGCAUUGAUCGGACGUCGUCGCGCAAAAUACGUUCACGCCUUAAAGAUCCUCGGCGCGAAGAAGAACGUGAGAGAAGAGGUAUCCUCGACACUAUGGCGAGACGCACAAGGGGCCGGUAGUUCGGUGGUUGGCAGGGAUGUCCUCGUGACAUGUUACCCCGUGACCUUGGCUGGCGCAACUAUAACGUCCUCCGUGGAGAGGGUCGUCUUCUGGUGCGCGGGUCGAGUGGUAACACGAACGGACGUUCGGUGUCCUUUAAUCCGCGCGAGAUUGAAUAUCGCCUGCUGCCGCUGGUGCAGGUCAAGCCUGACUUCGUGAUUCCAUAUGUGCUGUGCUGGAGGGUGCCAGGCGCGAUCCACCGCAUCCAAAUCAAUCCGUCGAUCGUUCAUCAUCAUCACCACCAGCAGCAGCAGCAGCAGCAUCAACAACAGCAGCCGCAACAGCAUCACUACCAGCAGCAUCAACGUCAGCGACGACGACACUUUGAAGGAGCGCCACGGACACGUCCUGCGCCACCGCCUUCAUCGACGGAACAUCGUUUUGCGUACAGCGCGCAGCGUGACAUCCUCGCGGAUUCUGGUAUGGAAACAAGAGUGGACCGUUUCGUAGUGAACAGAAAUGUGGACAGAAAUGACGACACGAGGUACAAAGCGAAUGCUCGUUGCGUGAGCGGGGGCGGUAGCCGCGGAAACGGGGCGACUGGCGGUACCGGAGGCGGUUCAGGUACUGCAGGCAGCCGCGGCGGCGGCGGGGGCGGUGGUAGCCCCGGUAGGGGCGGCGGCGGCGGCGGCGGCGCCGGCGGAGGAGGAGGAGGAGGAGGAGGAGGUGGAGGCGGCGGCGGCGGCGGGGGAGGAAUAGACGGUGGCGUGGUGCCUACUGCACCAUCGGCUACCGGCCAUCACCACCACCACCAUCACCAUCAUCAUCACCUCACCACCACGACUACCACGACUACCACCACCACCACUACCUGCGGCACCAGACACCACAGGCACACACACAAACUGCCUGCUGGCAAACAGUGUACGGAACACCGUCACCACCCACAUCUUCACCGGCAUCACCCACACCAUCGCGCCCACCGGGGCAUGAACAUGGGCCAAAAGAUUUCAGGCGGGGUGAAGAGUAUGAGCCGGGAGAGCGGUGCCGGAGCCGGCGGCGGGGUCGGUGUUGGCGGUGGCAACAACACGACGUAUACAACACGACCGGUGAUACCGCGCGAGCUGGCCCAGGAUUUCGCGAGACCACCGCGCCUUGAUGUGCUUCUCGACAUGCCACCCGCCUCACGAGAAACGCAGGUUCAUCAUAGUUGGAAUGCCGACGAUCGCAGUCUAAAUAUAUUCGUCAAGGAGGAUGAUAAAUUAACGUUUCAUCGACACCCCGUUGCACAAAGUACAGAUUGUAUACGAGGGAAGGUCGGAUACACUAAAGGUAUGCACGUAUGGGAACUUUAUUGGAGCACGAGGCAACGAGGUACGCACGCCGUCGUAGGAGUCGCAACAGCGGAUGCUCCUCUGCAUAGUGUCGGCUACCAGAGUUUAGUAGGCAAUAACGAACUAAGUUGGGGCUGGGACCUUGGUAGAAACAAACUCUAUCAUGACUCGAGAAACAACACUGGCAUUACGUAUCCAGCCCUUCUCAAGUCCGACGAGACGUUUAUUGUUCCUGACAAAUUUCUGGUUGUCCUCGACAUGGAUGAAGGCACUUUAGCCUUUGUAGUGGAUGGUCAGUAUCUUGGGGUAGCGUUUAGAGGACUCAAAGGAAGAAAAUUGCACCCUAUUGUAUCUGCUGUUUGGGGACAUUGCGAAAUCACGAUGAAAUAUAUUGGCGGACUUGACCCCGAGCCUCUGCCUCUUAUGGAUCUCUGUCGAAGAGUAAUUCGACAGCGAAUCGGCAAACAUAAACUAGAAGAAAAGAUCAACGAGCUGAAUCUACCGCAAACGAUGAAGACUUAUCUUCUAUACCGGGACAGAAGGUAACCACUGAGUGAAUCUCCUCAAGAUGCCACCAGGAUGACCGCGAAUAUCACCGUGCUACAACGUCGCUAUUACGACGCACAGGCGACCGUUCGCUAUCCCCUCUUACGCCACCAGCAACCCCUUAACCACGCGUCUCCGUUAAUCAAGCGCACGAUGUUCAAUAGACUGACAUAUGUCAUGCGACGACGCGUCGAGGCACGCCUAGUACCUCGAGAAGGUACCUUGAGAGAGCGACACCGAAAUACUAUGUUGAUAACGACUCGUGGUGCUCUUAUCAGGACAAGUCACGAUAACCGUAAUCUUCAUCGUCGUAUAUUGCCAUCGUCAAUAGGUUCAACUCGGUGGAGGCAAAGUUGAAAGACAAAAUGAAAGAAAAAGACUUUAAUAAAAUUUAGGAAAAAAAUUUCUAAAUUUAGUUGUUUUUAGCUAACGUUGUUUUAUGUUUCUCAUUGUUGUCUUAUGUUGGUUGUAUUUCUAUCUCUAAGUAGAAAAUUAUAUUAUCUAUUGGUUAUUCAGGAAAUUGUACUGGAGAGACCGGCAAUUUCUUUUGCAUCGUCAACAAACCACCUCAUGUAUGUAUUAUGCUUCUUAUUGACGAUGUAUAUAUGUAGUGAGUAGAAUUAUGCCAGACGAUGGUGAUGUGGUACGAUGAAUUUGCGCAAUAUAUCAGAGACGCGUGGUUGCAAAAGGAGGCAAAAGAUUUAUGCGAAGAACACGAAGAAACUACAGCGCUUUGCAGUUGGCCAGUAAAAAAAAUUAGACUUAAUCAAGCCUGGAGGCCUGAUAUGGACGUGUCGCUUGCUUAUAAAUUGAUUGAUAGCGGUUGAUUAAUAGCGGAUAGCACUACUGCAAGCUAACCGAUACUAUAGAAGAAUGGUGGAACAACAAAAUGGAGAAAAAUCGAAGAUACAAAGGAAAUGGAAGACUAACAAGUUUUCUACGUGGAACGAUACUCAGCGAGAAAUGUGACCUUGAGAUCGCACAAUUGUGGAACGAUUAAUUCAAUUUGGACAAGUGUGUAUAGUGAUAGGAAUGGGCCACAAUAGCCACCUUCCAAUAGACCCAUUUUUCAAGUAUUUUCUAAGCAUAUUAGAUUUAAUAAAGAUAGUGGUGUGUGCGUGUAUCGUGGACGGAUAGUAAAACUGAUGCGAAGAGGGAGGAAGAACAAAGAUAACCCUGCCAUAAUAUUCUCUUUAGCAGUGUUCAAAAAACGUAGACUUUACAAUUGCAAAUUCUGCGGGGGAGAGAGACCGAAUGGAGAAUGUGAA